CAGCCGUCCUCUUCCGGAACCGACCCAUGCCCCGGAAGCAGUUGUUUGUUGGGGAAGAUUGGGACUUAUUACGGAAGUUUCACAGGUGCAAUCUCCAUGUUCCUCUCCUCGGUCUUCUUUGCCAAGAGCAAGUCAAAACAUAUUCUGGUGAAAAUGUUGAGCCAAGCUGGAACAGGCUAUUUCUUUAACGUCAAGAGAAGCCGCUUACGAGAGAAGUUGACUGUUUUGCGUUAUGAUCCAGUUGUGAGAAAAAGAGUCCUCUUCGUGGAAGAGAAAAAAAUACGCUCCCUUUAAACAAUGGAUUGAAAAUGAAUUUGAUUUAUAAAUGAGAAGACUGAGGGCGGGGAUACUGAUUCAGAAAUCCUGCAGUAUGUAAUAAAAGAAGAGGAAAUGGCACAGAGUCACUGCCUCUUGUGAUUUGAAGGCCAUUGUGAAGGAAAACAAUGUAGUCAAAGAAAGUUCUUCAUAUUAGGACAGAUAUCAUUGCAUCACACUUAUUUAUCUUUCUGGCUAUUUUUAUAGGCCUUAAUAAAAAAAUUUAAAAUA